UUGUCUGCGCAGAUUUCCAAACGAUCUGCUGCGUCCCUGCAGAGCUGCAAGUCUUUUUAGGGUUAGUAAAGCUGUGGCCGGCGGACCGCAGCAGGAGAAUCGUAGCAGCAGACUGCUAACCUGUUUCACCAGCUUUCCAUGUAAACAACUCUGAAAUGAUGUGAUUAGAACGUUUUUGUUUUGUAGUCGCUGUGCUUUUUUUCUUACCAUGACGCAGCCAGCAGAGAAAGCGUAUUAUCGCUUUGUGGUGCUGUUCUUCAACUGUCUUCUGACAUUUGGCUCCUACUUCUGCUUUGACAUCCCCAGUGUUUUGCAGGAUCAGUUCCAAGGGAACCUGACAUGUCCCAAUUCCACCGUGAUCAAUGGGACAGUGGACUGUGUGGAGGGACUGGGGAUGAGUCCUCAGCAGUAUAAUCUGCUUUAUGCAAUAUAUGCUUGGACGAAUGCAGUCGUGGUUGUCCUUGCUGGUUUCCUGAUUGACAAAUUAGGAAAUCGCUUCGGAGUGUUUCUCUUCUCCUUCCUGUGCGUUCUGGGCUCGUCGCUGUUUGCACUGGGCUCUCACUUUAAAGGAACUCCCUACCUGCUGCCGCUCAUGCUCACAGGCCGAUUACUGUUUGGAUCGGGCAACGGAUCUUUGACCAUUGUUCAGAACCGCAUCACAGCCUUCUGGUUCAAAGGGAAGGAGCUGGCCUUGGCAUUCGGUGUGACCCUGGCAUUCUCUCGCCUGGGGUCGGUCCUGAACUUCUUCUUCACCCAGAAGUUUGAGGAAAAAUAUGGCAUGCAGUGGACCCUCUGGGGUGGUGCUAUAUUAUGUGUGCUUGGCUUCGCAUCCGCCAUUCUCGUCAGCACGAUGGACAAGAUCGGAAUGAAACAGCUUGGUCUUGAUGGAGCCAUUCAAGAGGAGUCCCGCAAAGUGAGAAUUCAGGAUGUGAAGCUCCUCUCGCUGAGAUACUGGCUGCUGGUUCUCACCAUCAUGUUCUUCUACAAUGGCAUCUUCCCGUUCAUCGCAGACGCCAGUAAGUUCAUUCAGGAUAAGUACAGUGGCUACAGUCAGAAGGAGGCGGCAUACAUCGCCGGGGCGGUGUACGACAGCUCACUGAUCCUCUCGGCCAGCGUGGGCAUUCUCAUAGAUUUUGUGGGUCUGAGGGGCAUAUUUGCUCUGGCCUGUGCCGUCCUCACACUGCCCGUGUUCGGGCUCCUCGCCUUCACAUUUGUACCGCCUCUCGUCUCCACCAUAUGGCUCGGAAUCACCUACUCUUUUGCAGCAGCGAGCAUGUGGCCGUCCAUCCCCCUCGUGGUUCCUCAGGCAACUCUGGGGACGGCCAUGGGUAUGGCCACCUCCAUACAGAUGAUUGGGAUCGGGGUGUCAAAUCUGGUGGUCGGGCAGAUUUUGGGCACCAAGUCCAGUGAAACCAAGAUUCCAUUGUGGCGUUGGCAGAGGAUGAUGAUCUUUAUGUUAGCCAACACGGUCAGCUGCAUCGUCACUUCAGUGCUGCUUAAUGUUGUCGACCGCAGACAGGGCGGGACCCUGAACAAGACGACCAAGAGGUCAGAGGCAGCAGAGAGAGACUCGGACAGAGAGCCGCUCAACCAGGCGGAGGAGGAGGAGGAGGAAGAUGAGGAGGAAGAGGAGGCGGUCAGAUCUCAUUCUAUCAACUCCUGAGCUUUUCCUCAAGUUUCAACAGUUUUCUCUUUCUCUUGAUAUAUUUUUGUAUGUACUAGUUUUUUUUUUUGAUCAUGGACUUGAUGAAUUACCUCAUCUUACUACAGUGUAUGAUAGAGCAGUGCAUUGAAUCAGAAUGAUUCAUGGUUAUUAAUAGUCAACCAGGUCAGGGCUCGACAUUAUUACUGGCCUGGAUGAAUGAUUGACAGAGUCCGGCCCAGCUGAUUGCACGUUCAGCUGACCAGCUCGGGUCAGUUCAAAUACUGCCUGAAAAAAAAAAUAAACAGUAACACGUUCUCAAUUUCACAGCGCUAUCCCGUCAUACCGGUGUUUUGUCAGUAAUUAUUUUUAAACGUCGUUGUUAGGUGGGGGUUGUUUUUGUUUGUAUAAAUCCAAUGAAGAAAUCA